AUGAGUGUGCUUGCUAGUGCGGUACUAGAGGUGUGGCGCGCUCCUUGCACAGGCAUCUGGAAAAUGAAUUUUGACGGAGCUGUAUAUUUAGAAAAGGGGCGAUGGAGUGGGUCUAAUUGUGCGGGGGAGUUCUAUGCGGCCAUGUACAAGGAUAACAAGCUCCUCGUCCUCCACGCAAAUUUCGUGGGCACCAAGCUUCAAAAUAUAGAGCAACUCAAACGUCGCCUCUCCUCUCUUUUGUUUAUAUAUAUACAUGCAAGUGCAUUUCACUUCUUCUACCUCCAUCUAAACCUAACACAAGCAAACCCCAGCUCUCAAAAUUCAUGGACCUCCUCUUCUCUCUCAAUUCACUCUUUUUCCCCUCCCUUUUCCCUCUUCUCUUACUCUUCUUCUUCUUCUUCUACUACCACCACCACCACCACCAAAAAAAAUCCUUCUCAAAACAAUGGCCUCAAGCCUUAUCCCCUCCUAGGAACACUCCCUCACUUCAUCCGAAACCGGCACCGGUUCCUCCAAUGGACAGCUGAAAUACUCAUCGCCGGCCCAACCCACACCAUCACCAUAAAAAGCCCGGCAAGUACCCACGGCAUCAUCACCUCCGACCCCCGCAAUGUUGAACACAUGCUCAAGACCAACUUCGGCAACUACCCGAGAGGCGACCACACCAUCACCCUUGUCCACGACUUACUUGGCCACAGCAUCUUCAACUCGGAAGGCGAUCAUUGGAAAGAUCAGCGGAAAACCGCGAGUUUCGAGUUCAACAAGCGAUCCUUCCGCAACUUCGUCGUGCACACGGUACGACUAGAGAUCGUCGACAGAUUGCUUCCGUUGAUGUACAAGUAUGCGGAGGCGAAGGAGACGUUGGAGUUGGAGGGCGUUUUUGAGCGGUUCGGAUUUGAUAACAUCUGCAGGGUCGCCUUUGGCGUGGACCCAGGGUGUCUGUCAACAGAGGUGGCUGCGGAGGGGUUGGAGUUCAUGAGACUCAUCGGCGAUGCACAGAACCUCAUCGCGGCAAGGUUUAUGGGCGUGUUCGGCUUCACUUGGAAGAUGAAGAAACUCAUCAACAUCGGUCCGGAGAAGAGGCUGAAAGAAUCGAUCAAGAUAGUCCAAGACUUUGCAAUGGACAUCAUAAAGACAAGGAAGGCGAAGCUCGAAGAGAAUCAAGAGGAGGAGAUAGAAGAAGACCUGUUAUCUCGAUUCGCCUCGUACAAAGACACCACAGAGGAGCUCCUCCGAGACAACGUGGUAGGUUUCAUCCUCGCCGGGCGAGAGACAACAUCCUCAGCGUUGACAUGGUUCUUCUGGGUACUAUCAUCACGGCCGGAUGUUGAGAACAAAAUCCUCGGUGAAAUCAAAUCGAUUCGCUCGACGUACCAGAGCCCUGACGGAACAUUCAGCUUCGACGAGCUGAGGGAGAUGAACUACCUCCACGCCGCGAUCACCGAGUCCUUACGCCUUUACCCUCCGGUGGCGAUCGACACGCAAUCGUGCCGUGACGGGGAUACCAUGCCCGAUGGGACUUUUGUGGGGAAAAAGUGGUUUGUGAAGUACAGUGCAUAUGCAAUGGGGAGAAUGGAGAGCAUAUGGGGGAAGGACUGUAUGGAGUAUAAUCCGGAGAGAUGGUUGGAGAACGGAGUUUUUAGGCCCGAAAGCCCGUUCCGCUUCCCGGUGUUUCACGCCGGACCGAGGCUGUGCUUGGGGAAGGAGAUGGCGUACAUUCAGAUGAAGUCGAUCGUGGCGGCGGUGAUCGAGAGGUUUGAGAUCGAGCCCGUGGAGAAAGAUAGGAUUCCGGAGCCUCUGCUGUGCCUUACGAUGAGGAUGAAGGGAGGAUUGCAUGUAAGAGUUAGAGAAAGAGAGGUGGUUUGAUGGUGAACCUGUUAGAAGAUAAUUUGUAAUUAUAGAAAACUCUAGGAUAUUUGUAAAAAAAACAUGUAAACUAGAUAUGUCUAGAAUAAUCUAGGAACUAGCUAGAUAUAUUAAGUAUGGAUGUAUAUAGAAAAUAGAAUUAUGUAGAAUUCUCUAUGAACUUGAUGUAUCAUGAAAAAUCUAAACAUUCUAGAGAAUUCAUUGAGAGCCUAUAAAUAGGCAAUGGAUGUAAUCA